AUGAGUGGAAGCUUAGCUCAAAAGAAACUGAAGAAUAAUCCAAAGUGCGAAGAUAAGACACUUAACGUUUAGCGAUAAGAGUCCCCAUAAAAUCCACAAAAUCCCCAGAUCAACGAAAUUGUCCCUGUGUAAGAAAUAGGAGUAGCCCCCCUUAAAUGUAAUUUAAACUUGCCAAUUCCUUCAUCAGUAUCUGAAAAUUCUGAUAGAACUGCGGACAAAAACUAUCACGCCACAAACAGUUAAAGUAGUAAAAGAUCAUAUAUGAGAAAAGUAUCUUCUUUUGAAAAGAAAUUGUGUCUCAGAUUCGACAGGAAAACAUGCAAAGUAGAGUCUGUGGAGCAUCUCCUAGACAACAGAAGUUAGUGGGCCUUUAACAUUAAGGUCCAAAGCUUGGAUGGCAAGACUGACCAAGAAGAGUACAAGAAGUCAUUGAUGAAGUACAAGAGAGAUGGGCUGAAAUCAAUCGCAAGAAAUUUGAAUGAUCUUAGCUAGUAAUUGGAAAUUUAAAAACCUUCUUAACAUCAGAAAUCUUCGAAAGCUGUUUAGAUACCGACAAACUCUCAGGAUGUGAGACCACUCUAAAUUAAGGUCAAACUCUGUGAAAUUAAGAGAGACUCACUCUCUGACAUUCAAGAAGCGAGUUCUCCAUAUCAGCUUUCAAUAGAACACAAAGAUGUAAAAUACAACUCGAACAGAAAUUACAUAAAAUGCAAUACAAGUAAGUAAGAUGAAAGAAGUUCCUCAUCGUAAUGUUUCAGUGAUGCAAUCUCUUCAAACAGCUAAAACCGUGGAGAGAGAAACAUUAAGAUCAGCGAGCAUUCUAUCAAGGGAAUCUAUAAAAAUCUUCGCAAGCUCACUGAGGACAUUAUAGAAACUAACGAUCAGAACUCAUAAGGCCACUCACAUAAUUAUAGUUCGAUAAGCAUUGAAAAAGCCUCUCCAUAUAAUAGCUAUGAUAAGAAAUUCAGGCCCGGCCCUAUAAAAGUAAAUCACAGAAAUCAUGACGACCUAAUAUCAUUCUACAGCACAUCUGGCAAAAGUCCCAACAAAAAGGUAAAGUUUGCUACUAAGAAAACCAUUAGUGUUGACUACGAUGUUAAGUAUGCGUCUAAUGACAGUUAAAGAUUGGACAAAAUUAAUCAUCUUAAUAGAAUAAUUCCUAAAAUAAGUUGUUCAUCAGAUCUUACAGUUAUCUCCACCAAUUAAUAGAUGCAGUAUAAGAAUAUACCAAUCAAACAUAAAUCAGGAAAUCAUGUUUAGUCAAAUAGUCUAUAGGUAAAUAAACUUUACGAGUUAACUGUUAACUCAGCUACGCUAAUCAGGCAAAAUGACUAAAUGAACGCUGCAUUUGACUUUGAUACCAAGGAUUCUUUCAUGUAUGGAGACGAUGAGGAAUAACUAAGUGAGAAUUACAAUAAUGAAAAUAGAAAUGCUCACAAUAAUUAUAGAAAAUUUACACAUGAUGAUUCAAUUAAACAACCACCUAUCUUGACCCAUAAGAUCAAUAGGAGAAGCAAAAACGAGGAGAAGUCUCAGGAAAAAAUGGCCUCCACCAGGAGAUGA